AUGGUUCAGGACUCAGGAAGAAACCCUAAUAUUUCUGCCAUUAAUGCACCAUUAGGUAACAGCAAUGUGGCUGCCAGCAACUCACAACCGUCCCAUCAGGCUCAACCGCCAGUCAAGCGGAGACGUGGUCGUCCGCCCGCCAAUUCUUCGCUUCAUGAUCAUGAUGCUUCAACAGGCCUCGCUGGUAUCAUAAGUGCGGGACCUGGUCCUGUAUCUUGCGGCGCCGCUGGUCAUUUAGGAGCUACUCUUCAUUCGGAUGAUGAUGAACAUACAUUAUUUGGUGCUAUUCGAUCUGGUCGUGUUGCUCCUCAGACCCUAGUAGAUGAUUGGAUUGAGCAAUAUAAAACGAAUCGCGACCCGGCUAUGCUGGAACUCAUCCAAUUUUUCAUCUCAUGUAGUGGCUGCAAGGGCAAAGUGACUCCGGAAAUGUACAGCCGAAUGACACAUGCUGAGAUCAUACGUCGCAUGACUGAAGAAUUUGAUGAGGAUUCAGGCGAAUAUCCCCUGAUUCAAAGCAGUGGACCCUGGCGCCGUUUCCGUGCAAAUUUCAUCGAUUUUAUACAGGUCUUGAUACGCCAAUGCCAAUAUAGCAUUAUUUACGAUCAAUGCAUGAUCGACCAAGCAAUUUCUCUCCUCACAGGUUUAACAGAUUCACAGGCAAGUUCGCGCGUUCCGGCAUACAACAUCAACCGCGAUAACACUCAAAGGCAAUACGAGGCAGAAAGAUCCAAAGGUCAAGGAAGGAGGGCUUCUGAUCGUCUAGAUGUUCUCAUGAAGCGAAGACAAGAACUUGAGGAAAACAUGGAUGAGGUGAAAAAUAUGCUAAUAUAUCUCUUCAAAGGUGUCUUCGUCCAUCGCUAUCGGUACAUAAUCGUGUUUACUGAUAAUCAAGCUGAAAUACGAGCCAUUUGCAUGCAGGAAAUUGGUGUCUGGAUGCGCCGAUAUCCUGCAAUGUUCUUGGAUGAUUCAUAUCUUAAAUACGUUGGAUGGACUUUAUAUGAUCGUGUUGGUGAAGUCCGAGUUGCCUGCUUACGCGCCCUGCAGCCCCUCUACGAAGAUGCCAAC